CCAGAGGAACAGAACUACACACAACAGUGUUGUUGUUUAAUUACAUAGUUUAUUAAAGCAGGAACAGAUUUAACUGAAGAACAAUAAUCAAUAACAAGCUGCUGGUGGUUCUUCGUCCUCCACGUUGUCAGACACCGAAGGGACUUCCCGUCGAGGAGAGGGAGUAUAAACGGUUUACUUUCGGUUUCACUCCGGCUCACACACACACACACACACUCCUCUGCCACCACCGAGCACGACGCUGCUCGCGGAACAAACAGGUUUUCAUUUGCUCCGAAUAAUAUCUGAAGUGUUUUUAUUUGAUAUAAUCUCAGGCGGAAAACACGCGUCUGACUUCACGAGCUCGAGAAGGACCUGGGCAUGAUGAAGAAGAUGAGUUACUUCUUCCCCCUGCUCUUGGUGUGCUUGGACGUGUGUGCGGUGCACGCCAUCAGCCUGUCCCAGCUCUCGCCUCUCUUCGUCUCCCACCCACUCCUCACCCUGUGGGGGGCAGGGCUGAUCCGGGCCUUCCUCCUUAUCUCCCUCACCUUCGCCCACCCUGGAAACCAGUGGAUGAGCAGCUUCGGGGGGCUCCAGAGCUUAGGGGUCCUCUGCUUCCACUUUCCAAUAUACACAACUCUUCUGUGGGGGCUCGGGCUGUCCACCAUGGAGGAGCUGUGGGGGUGGCACUCAUGGGAAAGGGUGUUACAGGGUUAUGUCGUGACAGCAGUGGCCUGGCUCUACUGGAGCCAAUACGUGUCUUCUCUUCUGCUCACCUCGGGCCGAUACAUCUCAUCUCUGUUCACGAAGACGCCCUCUGAGAAGCCUGAGCAGGACACCGUCACCCUUCUGAAUAGACUGACGGGAUACCUGAAGCCAUAUAAGUGGCGCUUCUCUGCUGUGCUGUCACUUGUGUUUUUUUCUUCUUACGGUGAGAUGGCUAUCCCUCAGUACAGUGGUCGCAUGGCUGACUGGAUCUCUAAUGAAGAAUCACCUGAUGCGUUCACAGAGGCAAUCAUAUUCAUGACAUUAAUGACCUUCACCAGCGCUGUCCUGGAGUUUGUAUGUGACCUCAUCUACAAUGUCACCAUGAGCCACAUCCACACCUCGGUGCAGGAAGUUGUCUUCCAGGCCGUGCUGAAACAGGAUAUAAGUUUCUUUGAUGCAAAUGAUACUGGUGUUCUGGUGUCCCGCAUCACCACAGAUGCCAAUAAUAUGAGCGAGGCGCUGAGCGAGAAACUCAGUCUCGUGAUGUGGUACACGGCACGUUUUGUCUUCCUCUUGUUCUUCAUGGUGAGCCAGUCAUGGAAAAUGACCUUGUUCAGUUGCAUGGGACUGCCCAUCAUCUGGGUCAUACCAAAACUCAUCGGACAUUUCUACCAGACUAUUGCUGUAAAAGUUCAGGAGUCACUGGCUAAGGCCAACCAGGUGGCCACAGAGACUUUCUCCAACAUGAAGACAGUGAGGAGUUUUGCCAACGAGGAUGGCGAGACAGAGAGGUACAGACGGCAGCUGGACGACACUUACAGCCUGAACAAAAAGGAAGCUCUUGGCUAUGCGGCCUCUACCUGGGCCAACAGCAUCACCACUUUGGCCCUGAAGGUGUUUAUUCUGUACUACGGAGGGACUCUUGUGACCAGGGGGACUGUCAGCAGUGGGGACUUGGUGUCCUUCAUCCUUUACGAGCUACAGUUUGCCUCUGCUGUUGAGGGUGUCAUGCAUUCUUACCCGGAUGUGAGGAAGGCAAUCGGUGGCUCUCAAAAGAUCUUUGAGUAUUUGGAUCGGAAACCUCAAAUACCCCCAGACGGCACUUUGGCCCCCGAAACUCUUCAGGGACACAUUCAAUUCAAAAACGUCAGAUUUUCUUACUCUGGCCCAGCAGAUGAAAAUAAUAUUGUGCUUAAGGAUGUGUCGCUGGAGCUAAAACCAGGUCAAACCACUGCCCUUGUUGGGCUCAACAGAUCAGGGAAGACCACCUGUGUCAAACUGCUCGAGAGGUUUUAUCAGCCCCAAGCAGGGGAGAUCCAACUGGAUGGAAAACCACUGCAGAGCUACAAAGACCAGUACCUACACGAAAAGAUUGCCGUGGUGAGCCAGGAUUGUGUGCUGUUUGGUCGCUCGGUGCGGGAGAACAUCAAGUACGGCUGCGAGAAAGCCACUGAUGAGGAGAUGCACCGCGCUGCCAAGCUGGCGAAUGCCCACGACUUCAUCAUGGGGCUGCCAAAUCAAUAUGACACAGAUGCCGGAGAGAAGGGGGGACAGGUAGCUGGAGGCCAGAAGCAGCGCAUCUCCAUUGCCAGAGCUUUGAUCAGACGUCCCAAAAUUCUGAUACUGGACAACGCCACCAGUGACUUGGAUUUAGAGAAUGAAUACCAGGUCUACCAAGCUUUGUUGAAGCUAGCCAACACCGUGCUGCUGAUUUCCAACCAGAUGAAUGUUGUAGAGAAGGCCAAUCAUAUAGUUGUUCUCAGUGAGGGGGUGAUAAAGGAGGAGGGCAGCCAUGGUGAGCUGCUGGAGAAAGGCGGCCUUUAUGCUGACAUGGUGAAAAAGUACAAUAUGGGCUUUCAGCGCAAAGAAGAGAAGAGGAACGAUGCACAGUCAUGAUACCUUUGGGUCCCCAUGGAGCCAGAGAAGCCAAGCUACAGAGGAGUUGCUGGUUGAAAGUCUGGACUUGAAGGUGUCGAAACUCCAGCUACACUUUAACUUUAUUGUUAAACGAUGCUUAUUGUAUUGGUAGAGAUUUGUGCCUCCUUGCACCUUGGAAUUAGAGGAAGAUGUACCAGAAGUUAAUACUUACUUCUAGACUCCUAGAAAACGUUCAAUCAGAAUUCCCGAGUGAGGCGUCGCUGCAGUCACAAACUCCCAUCUGCUCCAGAAAGAAAGGAUCAACUUGGACAGUGUUAUAGAUGCGUAAUGUUAUACUUAAUUAUAUGAUACCAUGAUAUAAAUGGGGUUGAUUUUAAAUGAGAAUCAUCAGCUGCAUUUAUCCACUCCUCUUUCCAUAUUUCCGUCCAUUAACACACCGGCCUAUGGCAGCCAGUAUCAUGUGUUGCCUUGUGUGUUGCCUACAGAAGGAGCUGAGGGUUGAUCUGCUUUAUCUACUGGAUCAUAAUUUAUGAACCUAAUGCACUCUAGAGAUGUUUGUGAUGUUUCAUAUUGCACUAUUUACAAAUUUGUUUUCCUAAACGUUUUGGCUGUAUAUAUAUUUUUUUUUUAUAUUUGUCAAAUGUUUUAUCCAACUUUUCCCUGUAUUAAUCUUGUAAGUAAAUUAAAGUUAGUACUUUGUUUGCCUCCCUUUAGUUAUGACAAUAAAUAGUUUGAAUGAA